AUGGGCAGCUACAGGAUUCAUAAACAGCAGGAGCUUCAGCUGAUGGAGGCGUUGAUGCAGCAGCACCAUGCAUUCAAGCCGCAGGACGUGUCCAACACGCUGUGGGCGGCGGCCAACAUGGGGCUGCAGCUGCAUGAGCAGCAGGCGCGCCAGCUGGUGGAUGUUUUGGUGCAGCAGCGGCGGGCAGCCAAGCCACAGGCCCUGUCCAACACACUGUUGGCGGCGGCCAAAAUGGAGCUGCGGCUGCCAGAGCAGCAGAUGCAGCAGCUGGUGGAGGCAUUGGUGCAGCAGCAGCAGGCAGUUAAGCCGCAGGAUAUAUCCAACACACUGUGGGCGGCGGCCAGGCGCAAAGCAGACUUUGCAGCGGCACGGCGCACGACAAUGCAGCUAACGAGCGUUGAGGUGGCGCUGCUGCAGCUGGCAGACGCCGCUGUCAGGAUGCAGCUUGUGGAGGGCAUGACGCCUCAGGCCAUCAGCAACAGCUUGUGGGCGCUGUCAGAGCUGGGCAUGCGCCCUGGAAAGCUGGUGUCCCUGCUGAUGAAAGCCGCGCUGCAGCGGGUUGCAGCCAUGAAUCCACAGGACAUCAGCAACACAGCGUUGGCGGCAGCAAGGCUGGGCAUCUUUGAAGCGCCGCUGUUUGUCGCGCUCGUGGCUGCUGCUCAGCAGCAAUGGCAGGGAUCCACCCACAACGCCCAAGACAUCUGCAACCUGUGCUGGGCUGUAGCGGUGGCAGACCAGCAGCAACUGGCGCAGCAGGUCGCGGCACUGAGCGAGCAGCUGGCGGGCAGCUGCGUGUGGGAGGCGGGGUGCACGGCUGCCAACCGCAGCCAGCUGUGGCAGGCACAUCUGUGGCUGAUGGACUGUCAGCCAGGCAGCGGCGGGCUUGCAGGCACAUUGUCGGCGCAGCAGCUGCAGCAGUGCGCGGAUGAGUGGGAACUGAUGCUGCAGCAGACGGCCAAGCAGCGCAGGACAGUGCUCGAGCAGAGCGUGUUUGCAUGCGCACGGCGCCUGACAGGCCUGGCCGCCUGCUGCCAGGAGACGCUUACAGAAGAUGGUGCCUACAGCAUCGACGUCACCGCGAUGCAUACGGCCAGCGGACAGCGGCUGGCCAUCGAGGCGGACGGCUCGACCCACUUUCUGCUGCCAGGCUGGCAGCCUACAGGCGACACGCUGGCGCGCGACAGGGCGCUGGCGGCGCGGGGCUACGUGGUGGUGACCGUGCCAUGCUGGGAGUGGGAUGCAAAACUAGGGGACGCGGCGCAGCAGACGGCAUACCUGCGGCGCAAGGUGGCGUUGGCGCUGCAGAAGCUGGAGGCCGGCAGACCGCCUGGAGUGGGACCGGCAGCGGCUGCUUGA